AGCUGACAGCUGGUUGGAUGCAUGCAAGUUUUCUCAACGCUGUUGAGAGCCACGCAGCGUGGCCACACACUCGACAACAACAGAAGAUACUGUACAGCUGGAAGUGUGGAGGAUCGAGUUGGUUGACGCAGUUCUUCUUAGUUGUUUGUUGUUGGAAGGAGUUGACUGCUGUCUAGCUAGGUUGAGGUUUGUUGGUUUGGUUGGAUCAAGGCUACAGUAGCUAUCUAUCCCUUUGUUCGCGGUACCGGUACUAUCGAGAAAGAGGCUCUUCGAAGAGACUUUUACUUUCUUCGGAGCCAUUCGUGCGUGUGCACUACUUUUUCCCAUCAUACAAUAUCAGCACAUACUACAACCUAACAACCACCAUGUCGUCGUUAGUCCCCGCUGAACUACCAUCACCAUUGCCUUCCAGCAUGGAUGCCUCUCUACCCUCUCCUACGGUCGAUAUUGCUGCGUCCGCUGCUACUGUCUCCGAGUCCGAGUCUAUGUCCCCAACUCAUCCUUCCACGGAUGCUUCUACGGCAACGACUACUGCUGCUGCUGCUGUCGCUACUCCCAAUCCACCAGUCGUUCCUGUUUCCCCGUCAGCGUCUCGAUCGCAACGACGAGAUGUCAAGGACGGAGAGCACUAUGCGAACCGCAGGUGCUUGUAUCCCCGCGCUUGCAAGGCACACACGCCCACACUGGAAGAACUGCAACAGCACAGCUUUUCCGAGUACGUGCGACAGGUCGUAUUGGAAGGAGCCCGUGUGGCCUAUGUCGACGAGCAACGACGACGACACCCAGCGACAAACCACACCACCACCACUGGCGAUAACAAUAACAACAACACAUCCCCUGAUGGUAACAAUGUGGAAAAGAUCCGCUACAUUGAAGACAUUCAGAUGGCACGUCAAGGCUUUCCGUCCAAAUGCCCGCUGUACGCGGAAGGAAUGGCCAAGGUCACGCUGCCUCGUGGAUUCUGGAAAGAAGAAGGGAUUGGACAAGACCGAACGGGACGAGGACCUGCCUGGCAAAAGGGAACACCAUUGGGUGACCUUGUCAUUCCCAAUCCCAUCAAACAGUGUGUCCGAGGAAUUGGAGGCGUCUACGAAUACACCUUGUUGGAUCAACCACCGAUUGCCCUACAUGACUUUCGAGAUUUGGCCGAUGCCUAUCAGCAAGAGCAGUUGACGGGAAAGUCAUCACGGGGAGUCAAAACGACACCCGCGCCCAAAAAGAAACGAAAGAAACAAGCGGCCAAGCCAACGGUCAGGGAGGAGAGAGCCAAUCGUCGAAAUCAGUUAAAGGAAGAAGAGGAAAAGAAGGAAGCUGAGGAAGCCAAAGAACCAGAGGUAGUAGAGACUCCACCACAAAACAACAACAAUAAUAGUAACAGCAACGACAACGAGGAAAAGAAGGAAGAAGAGGCAACCAAAGAGCCUUCCAUUGAGGAGCUCGAACGCAAGUUCUGGAAACGAUUGGGUCCCACCAUGCCACCGGCAACCUAUGGGGCCGAUAUGGAAGGGUCCCUGUUUGGCGAAGACCCAGCCAAUGGGUGGAACCUGAGCAGAUUGGAUAGCUUUUUGCAACUCUUGGGACCCUACUUGCCAGGAGUGACGUCGCCCUACUUGUACAUGGGAAUGUGGGCAUCCGUCUUUGCGGUCCACACGGAAGACAUGAACCUUUUGAGUAUCAACUAUCUACACGCGGGAGCUCCAAAAGUCUGGUAUGCCGUGGCUCCAGGUACUGAAGCAAAGCGCCUCGAAGCCUUGUCGGAACACUACUUUUCUCACGCUUACAAUGAUUGCCGACAAUUCCUCCGACACAAGAGAUGCCUCCUCAGUCCCAUGAUUCUCAAAAAGGCUGGGAUCAAAUUCACUAUGCAAGUCCAGUAUCCUGGAGAUGCCAUGAUCACCAUGCCGGGAGGGUAUCACUUUGGAUUCAAUACCGGUUUCAAUGUGGCAGAAGCAACCAACUUUGGGGUCCCUGAAUGGGUACCCUUUGGUCACGAAGCUCGCAUCUGCAACUGUCGACCGGAUAGCGUUCGAAUUGACAUGUUCCGCCUGGAAAAACUUUUGGCAAAAUUUCACAAGGCAAACAAGCGAAAAACCAGCCGCCGGCGCAAAACGUAUCGCGAAUGGGGAUUGAUUCAAGCUGGAGUGGAUAUAAACAAGAAACCAGCGGUCGAGUCGGAGUCCGAAUCCGAAUCGGAAGAGGAAGCCGAUGAAAGUAACAACAGCAACAACCUACAGCAGCAAAAGAAGCCUCGUAUGAAGGAUUUCUGGGUGGAAGUCUGUUCCCCCGUUCCAUCGCACCAGAGAGCCGAUUAUGGGCGACGAGGGACAUCAACUGCCAACAAAAAGCCUCCUGCGCCCAAGAAGCGACCUCGAGGAAAGGGCAAGCAGAAGGCAGAACAAAAGGAAUGUUGGCACUUGGCCAAACCAAUGACUCGAAAGGGGCUUGUGGUAAACUCGAAGGUAUUGGUCAUGAUCCCAGGCUACGUGACAAUCCACGAACAAGGCCCCACGGCCGAUUCGGACAGUAGCAGUGACAGCGACGGAAGUAAGAAUCAUGAAGAAGAUGAACAGUGCUUUGCUGGGGUCAUUACGGAGUUCACCGAGGAACAUGCCCGAGUGCACUUUGCAAGCCUGCCGAAAGAUGACGACGUGUGGAUGCACAUAAGCAGUUCCAAGCUGUACUUGGACGGGGGCAGAUGGGACGAUUCAAACGAACAGAAAGGGCUGCCACCGAGGCAUUAUUGGCAGGAGCUAGACUCCAAACGACGCUGCAUUUAAAUCAAUGGAAGAAGUGUCUAAUAGCUAGCCAGUGGUAAUGUGAAUAGUAAUAAAACGCUAGUAUUGUGCAGAGUUUGCUUUGCUUGG